AUGCCCCAACGUCAGGUCGUGCAGGUGUCCACCAGUCACGCCAGCUAUGCCGUCUGUGUGCUGGGCACCGAGGUCUUUCUGGACAUGCACCGAUCUACCCCUAAAGGUGCCGUGUCAUUUGAGGUCCACGCCACUUCUGCAGUUAUAGUCCAUGUCAUCCACAACCCCGUGACAAAGCCCCUGAACACCUCCCGAUGGCCGCUGGAUCCUGAUAUAGAGGUUGUGGUGACCGUUGAUGUCACCAGCAGAACCGUCAAUGACAAUAAGGUUAAGAUUACAUACUACGGAUGGGAAGGGAAUGAACUCACUGUGGCUUGGUUGUAUCUCACCUGUGUAGACAUAUCCCUGGAUGUUGACUUGAGCCGUGACGGCAGAGUGAAGAGCAAAGGAAAGGACAAGGCAAAAUGGACAUGGGGCCCGGACGGGCAAGGCGCCGUGCUGCUGGUGAACUGUGACCGGGACAGCCCCAGCUCCGUGGGGAUGGACAGCAGUCACAUGGAGAUACAGACCAGCGCAGACCUUCAAGAUAUGUCUGUUAUGAUCCUGAGGACUCAAGGCCCCAGCGCUAUCUUUGCUGAGUAUCAGCUGGUCCUUCAUGUCCCUGAGUCGGAUGCAGACAAAGUGAGAGUUUUCCAUGCUAUUCGUCAUGACUCACACCCCGAGUAUGAACCUGUAUUGGGUCCGAAUAAGCUCUCCUACGUACUAGACCACAUUAGCGGAGGAGACAAUACUUUCUACGUGGAAGGACUUUCUUUCCCAGAUGCUGACUUCUCUGGGCUGGUGUCCUUCAGUGUCAGCUUGCUGGAGUAUUCACCAGGCACCCUGAUUUUCACUGAUACGGUGGUUUUCCGAGUGGCACCCUGGAUAAUGACCCCAAACACCCAGCAGCCUGUGGAGGUUUUUGUCUGCAGCAUUGAGAAGGGCAUAAACUCCAAUGAUGUCUUUCUGGAGGGUCUCCAAGUCCUGCUGAGGAAAGCCAACUGCAAGCUGACCAUCUGCUCAGACGUUGAAAGCCGGAGUGACCGCUGGAUCCAGGAUGAACUGGAGUUUGGCUAUGUAGAAGCACCUCACAAGACUUUCCCUGUGGUCUUUGACUCACCCAGAAACAGGGGCCUGAGGGACUUUGCUUUUAAAAAGAUCCUGGGCCCUGAUUUUGGCUAUGUGACCCGGGAGCCUCCCGGGAAAGACGUUUCAAGCCUUGACUCCUUUGGGAACCUGGAUGUCAGCCCACCAGUGACUGUGCGAGGGAAGGAAUACCCUUUUGGAAGGAUCCUCAUCGGGAGCACCCUCCCCUGGGCCUCCGGCCGGCGGAUGUCCAAGGUAGUCAGAGAUUUCCUCUAUGCCCAGAAAGUGCAGGCGCCCGUGGAAGUCUACUCGGAGUGGCUGAGCGUGGGCCACGUGGAUGAAUUCCUGACGUUUGUCCCCGCUUAUGAUAGGAAGGGUUUCCGGCUCCUCUUGGCCAGUCCCAAUGACUGUUACAAGCUCUUCAAGGAGAAGCAAAAGCAGGGUUAUGGCGAUGCCACCCAGCUCGUUGGGCUGAAGAACAUGGAGCGGAUAACCAUCGAUGAGCUCCUGGCAGAUGAGACGCUGAAGAGCGACAACAGACACGCGCAGCGCUGCAUUGACUGGAACCGAGACCUCCUCAAGCAGGAGCUGGGCCUGAGCGAGCACGACAUCAUCGACAUCCCCCAGCUCUUCGUGCUCAAGGAGGCCCGAGCGGACGCCCUCUUCCCGGACAUGGUGAACAUGCUGGUGCUGGGCAGGCACCUGGGCAUCCCCAAGCCCUUCGGGCCGGUCGUCCGCGGGCAGUGCUGCCUGGAGGAGAAGGUCCGGUCCCUGCUGGAGCCCCUGGGGCUCACCUGCACCUUCAUCGACGACUACUCCUCCUACCACGUGCUGGCCGGCGACGUCCACUGCGGCACCAACGUGCGCCGCCAGCCCUUCUCCUUCAAGUGGUGGCACAUGGUGCCCUGA